AUGGCUAAGUGUCAAAGAAACGACGUUGGAUCUGUAGUUUUUGACCGAGUCUCCACUUCCACUGCCGCCGCCGGCCAUUUCCGUCUCUGUACUUCCUUCUCCACUGCUUCAUUCCGUAGGAAAUUUUUUGAUGCUGUAAGUUGUGGUGGAAGUUCACGCUAUCGCUAUCACCACGACGGCGAUGGUACUGUUUCCUCGGCGAUUAGGUCGAUGUCCGAGAUUGUGAAGGAACAGGAGGAAGUGAGACCGAAACGGUCCAAUGCCAAGUCGGAGAAGCUAUUCGAUCUUCUUAGACUGGAGUCGUCGCCGGAAGCGGAGCCGGAGUCAAAGAAGAAGGAGGAGGUGCUGGAAGAGUUCAAAUGCGUAGUGAAAAAAUUGCAGGAUGAAAAUUUGGCGGAGAGGAGAACGGCUGCGAGUCGAGUAAGGUUGCUUGCAAAAGAGGAUGCAGAAGCGAGAGGAAUGCUCGCAAUGCUGGGAGCCAUUCCGCCGCUAGUUGAAAUGCUUGAUUUGGAAGACGAUGAAUCUAAGAUCGCCUCGCUCUAUGCAUUGCUCAAUCUUGGAAUUGGAAACGAUUUGAACAAGGCGGCCAUUGUUAAAGCGGGUACUGUACACAAAAUGCUUAAGUUGAUCGAAUCUGAUAAUUCCCCAAAUCCAUCUGUUUCAGAAGCCAUCGUUGCGAAUUUCCUCGGCUUGAGUGCAUUAGAUACCAACAAACUGGUAAUUGGGUCAUCGGGUGCAAUUCCAUUCUUGGUAAAGAACUUACACGACCCAGAUCAUAAAAGUAGUUCACAAGUCAAGCAAGACGCUCUACGUGCGCUUUAUAACCUCUCUAUUUUCCCCUCAAAUGUUCCAUUUAUCUUAGAAACUAAGUUGAUCCCAUUUCUUCUAAACGCGUUGGGAGACAUGGAAGUAAGUGAAAGAGCCCUCUCAAUUCUAAGCAAUGUGGUAUCAACCCCAGAAGGUCGAAAGGCCAUAAGCACUUUCCCUAAUUCAUUUCCAAUACUGAUUGAUGUCUUGAAUUGGGCUGAUUCUCCUGGCAGUCAAGAGAAAGCAUCCUACAUUUUGAUGGUUAUGGCGCACAAAUCUUACCGUGAUAAACAGGCAAUGAUUGAAGCUGGGAUUUCAUCAGCUUUGUUGGAACUAACUCUUUUGGGCAGUACAUUGGCUCAGAAGAGGGCCUCUAGGAUUUUGGAGUGUUUGAGGGUUGAUAAAGGAAAACAAAUCCCUGAUCAUUUUGGGGGAAAUUCUUCUGCUCCAAUUUGUGGUUCCUCUUCAUCUUCUUUUACUAAUCCAAUUCUAGGUUCUGCUGAAGGUUUGGAAGGAUUGGAUGAUUUGGUGAGUGAAGAGAAGAAGGCUGUGAAGCAAUUGGUGCGGCAGAGUUUGCAAAACAACAUGAGGAGAAUUGUGAAGAGAGCCAAUUUGCCUCAGGAUUUUGUGCCUUCUGAUCAUUUCAAGUCGCUCACGUCAAGCUCCACUUCAAAGAGCUUGCCAUUUUGAAUGCUCAACUACAGGGAGUCGUGGUGUUAUUGAAGAUUCUCAAUUCUUUGGAUCUCUAAAACUGCAAUGGAUAGACUUUACUUCUUGCAAUUAACCGCAUCAACGUGGGUUUGUCUUCUUCUGCUCUGUUUAUAUUUGAAUAUAUGGUUAAAUUAUAACUUUUAAGUAUGUAAAGUUUAGGGUUGUAUUGAUUUAGCUUCUAAUUUUGAAGUGUUUGAAUAGGUAUCUGAGCUAAACCCUCGAUUUUAUUUCUGAUUGACUAGAGAGUGAACAUGAUGUUGACUUUAAAGAUUAGGGUUGGUGAAAUCUAUAGUAUAUUAUUGACUCACUUUGUUCUAUUCAACACUGAAUACAAAAAUACAAAAGUUUUCGUCCAAUUUUAAAAGUUUAGGGACUAAACUUUAACGGCUUAAAUCUACCGUUAACAGAUAUUAUCCUUUUUAGAUUUUUCCUUCGGGUUUCUCUUCAUGGAAAACGUGUGCUAGAAAGUGGUUUCCACAACACUAUAAAGAACACUAUAAAGAAAGAACUGAGCUCACUCCACGAGGUAGAUGAAGGCAUUUAUGGCUUUAAAUUUACUUCACCUGCGGACUGCCAUGUAUUUUGUAAUUCAAUGCUCUUCCAUUUCCUACUCUCUACUGCUUUUAAGGCUUCUGUUGACUGAUCUUUCUUUUGUUGCUUUUUUUAUGGCAUUAAGUAUCUAUAAGUAGAGCCCAUAUCCAUCUCUACAAAGCAUGUCUAUCAAUCAAAACUUCAAAAUCAUUAGGAACAGAUUGAAAUUGUCCCAAAAUCAUUUUCGUUCACUAUUAGCCUCCCAAAGCAUGAUGAUAGUUCAAUUUUCAGUCUCUACAAUCCAAAAAUGAAAUAAAAUAAGAUGCAGUUUGGUUUGUAAAUUAUUGUGCGGGCUGAGGAGAGAACAUGGAUACUGCAAAUGUAGUAUUAUUAAAACAGUGCUUCUUUUAAUGCAAUGAGGGGCUGUUUUUAUUGAAUUUGAAGCCUACAACUGCCAACAUAUUUAAAGUUGGUCUGCGAAAAAGCUUCAUUCUUUCUUUUCCUUAUAACUUUAGCUAUUACAGGUCUUCAGCACAUAAUGAAGUGCAGGCUUUUCCCAAAGGCUUGAGUAUAUAUUUUACUCGCACACUGGAAUUUCUUGGUGUUGAAGUCAAAAGUAGAUGGGAUUUGCAAUAAUAUGAGAAGUUGGGGUAUAUCUCUAAAGUUAAAGUAGUUUUGAUGAAAAAUGGUUGACUAUACCUUCAUUGUAAGACCAUGUAUAUUUUCUCACACCACCACCACGCUCAUAUUUUGCUUCGCUUUAGGAUUUUAUUUUUCUUUUCUUCUUUGACGUUUUAUUCUCUGCUCCCGAAAGAGUCUAGAUUGCUCAGCAAUGGUCGUGCAUUAUUGUAGCUAACGCUUUAAGUGUCCUAUUUGGAGAGUACAUUUGCAAGAAUAAAACUCAAAAGAAUUGGUGAA